AGCAUUUGUUGAAGUUUUAAACCGUCUCAAGACUAUUUGAUUUUUUUUUUUCCUUUUUAAAGCCGCAUUUUCGCCCUCGUGUUUUAACGCACAGAAAGAACAGCGAGAUUUUUUUUAUUAUAUUUUUUAUAUUUACAUAUCUUUCCAGGCCUGUCUGCGACUGUUUAUAUAUUUCAGCAGAGCUGUGUUUUUGUUUUUGAACAUCCAGCCAUGUGUUGUUCCGGGUCCGGUUCGGGUCACUUGGUUCUGGUUCUGGUCGCUUUGGCGGCGGGCUGCGUCGUGGCUGAGCAGCAGACCGAGCCGUCAGCGCAGCGCCCCCCUGCGGUCACUCUCCGCAACCUGAUCAGUGGAACCUGCCAGGAGGUGCAGCGGGUCGCGGAGUCCGUUCUGGGCAGCGCCGUGGUGCGCUCGGCCGUGGAGUUUGUGCAGAUGGUGAUCCGGUUCUUCGCUGAAGGAGCUGCCAGCGGCCUGAAUGUCAUCGCUGUGUAUGUCACAGAGAUCCUCAGGGUCACUGGGUGUGACGUUGCCCUGACGUUGCCUCGCUUCACGCCGGAGGGUGUGACCGCCGUCGCUCAGUGGGGACUUCUGUCUCUCAUCGGUUACUGGGUGCUCACUCUCGUUCUCCGUCUGCUGUUUGGCGUGAUGAGGCAGGUGUUCUGGGUGGUGAAAACGGUCCUGGCACUCUGGUUGUUUGGACUCAUUGUGGCUGACAGCAGCGCCCUGGCGGACAUCACGGCAGUGCGACUGGCCGGCCUGGUGCUGGGAUGCGUUCUGCUGAGUCUACUGACAGGCGGCUCAGAAAAAGCGGUGACUGUGGAGAGCCGACUGGGCUACCUGGAGGACCGGCUAAAGGCCAUGGAAAGGAGGAAAGGAGGACAGUGAGGGUGAUCUGUGACGAAAGAAAUAUUUUGUGAUUCUACCUGUCAGACUGGUACAGGAAAUAAAGUCAUCUCUGGGAUUUUUCAGAAAAAAAUAAGUUUCUUAUUUGCAAAUCAAA